GGGGACAUUGGGGAAAGAUCUGACGGAGCGGUAUUAAGAAGCGGAGCCGAGAUAGGGGCAGCGAAAAGGACGCAGAGAGAGAGAGAGAGAGAGAUGCAUCACGGAAGCGCAGGGCGAUCGCCGUCGGAACGGAAUCGGAUGGCGGCGGAGCUUCCCUUAGUGGUGGGCCUCAACUGCCUCGAGGACCCGUCGUUCGAGGAGGAGGCCCUCGCCGGCACAGCAAGGGUGGAGCACGUCGGCCUCUCCGCCCUCGCCGAUGGCCGGAUCGAGUCCGCUGCCGCCGUCGUCCUCCACUCCCUUUCGCUCGUCCCCGGGCCCGCCCAGCGCCGCCUCCGUCCGUGGCAGCUCGUCCUCUGCCUUGGCUCCGCCGACCGCGCCGUCGACUCCGCCCUCGCCGCCGACCUUGGCCUCCGCCUCGUCCACGUUGACGCCAGCCGGGCCGAAGAGGUCGCUGACACCGUCAUGGCCCUCUUCCUCAGCCUCCUCCGCCGGACCCACCUCCUGUCCCGCGAUUCCUCCUCUUCGGCUUCCGCCGGGUGGUUCGGAUCGAUCCAGCCGCUGUGCCGGGGCAUGCGAAGGUGCCGUGGCCUCGUUCUCGGGAUCAUCGGAAGGUCGGCCUCGGCCCGUUGCCUGGCAACCAGGAGCCUCGCCUUCAAGAUGAGCGUGCUCUACUUCGAUCUCCAUCACGAGGGGAAAGAAAAAUCAGGACGACCUGUUAUUGCAUUUCCUCCUGCUGCUCGACGAAUGGACACCCUCAAUGAUUUACUGGCAUUAAGCGAUCUAGUUUCGCUUCACUGUUCACUGUCAGAUGCUACCUUGCAUAUUCUUAAUUCAGAACGGUUGCAACAUAUAAAGCCAGGAGCAUUUAUAGUGAAUUCAGGUAGCACUCAAUUAAUCGAUGAUUGUGCACUGAAGCAGCUCUUGAUCGAUGGUACUAUAGCUGGUUGUGCAUUGGAUGGUGCUGAGGGGCCCCAAUGGAUGGAAGCAUGGGUUAGGGAGAUGCCAAAUGUGUUAAUUCUUCCUCGCAGUGCAGAUUAUAGUGAAGAAGUGUGGAUGGAAAUAAGAGAAAAAGCAAUAACAAUACUACAGUCUUUUUUCCUUGAUGGAAUUGUACCAGAUUAUGCUGUUUCUGAUGAGGAUGAAACAAUAAAUGAAAGUGCAUAUGAAGAUGAGCAGGCAAAAAAGCAAGUAAAGGAACCUCAGCAGGUUCAGGAUGUCGACCAGCUGACAGGUGAAAGCCACUUAACUUCGGGAUACAUGAAUCAAAAGGUUAGCCAUCACUUGAAAGAAUCUCAAGUUUCAGGUGAAUCCAAAAAUACUGGCUCUAGAACUGAAGGAAGGCACAGUGGAUCAGGCAAAAAGGGUAAGAAGAGACCUGCUCGCCGUAGAUCUCAGCAGAAUUCAGAUGAUUCUUCAGCUGCAGAUAGUGCUAGUGGUUAUACCUCAGGUCAAGAUGAUGAUACUGCAAUAAGUGGUAGAGAUAAAAUAUUAAGUUCCAAUUCUAGGUUUGCUUCUUCUGAGGAUCCUAGAAACAAACAAAUGUGCAUCUUCGAACAAAUAUCGGACUUGUCGUCAGGGAAGCAGGUGGCAGUAAGCACAGAUGAUGGUGAACUGCUGAAAAAUGGUUUCGUUGUAGCCCUGCGGGCAAUAGAUCGUCCAGGAUAUCAUGUGUCCAGGCAAAGAAUUCCUGGAGGUGGUUGGUUCCUUGAUACUGUGUCAAACGUAUCAAAAAGGGAUCCUGCUGCACAAUUCCUUGUUUCUUUUAAAAGCAAGGACACACUUGGACUGCAGUCUUUUGCUGCUGGUGGAAAACUCUUACAGAUCAACAGAAAAAUGGAGUUUGUGUUUGCAAAUCAUAGUUUUGAUGUGUGUGGCAGUUGGACACUGCAAGGAUCUGUCUUGGAACAAUGUAAAUUAGUUAACUGCAAAAAUCCAUUGGCUGUCUUGGAGGUAAGCAUAGAAAUCCUUGCAGCUGUGGCUGAAGAUGGCAUUAGUCGAUGGCUCGAUUAAAGUUGUUUGUGGGAAAGAUGAUUGUAAUGAAGCACGUCAACCUCAUCUUUGGUUUGUUUUUCUUUUACCGACCUUGUAAUGCAUCCAAUUUUGAUUACUGUUGUGCAAUGUACUUGACAUGCACCAGUUUUUACUGAAUGAAGUUGUUCUUGUUGAAUC